UGUAUUAUUACUCAGUGUAAACAUCAAAAUGUUACUUAAAACAUUAAUGAUUUUAGCAAUUUUCUACUUAAAACCUACAAAAUCCGCUAUCCGUACAUGGAUAGGCGGAAACGACGCCAUUUUAAAAACACCCGAAGAAAAUUGCAGAGGCUUACAACUCCCAGAUCACUAUCAAGCUGUUAUUUUAUUAUCAUCGCAAACAAUUCAUGAAUUAAUCCUACCAUCAACAGGCGCCAUUGCUUUACAAGAUGGCGCACGUCUAACCUUCGAUAUACGAGACAAAUCAUGUUCACAAAUAAAACUCAUAAAAACCAACGAAAAUCGUCCGGAAAACUGGAAUAACCUCAACAAUCGUGCUAUUCCCUACCUAGACCGCCUGCCAUGUCAAUGGGACGCCAUCUUGAUUCCACAAACAGACAUAAUCGGCAUCAUAUCCGUACCUGAACUCAACGUGAAAUCAUUAAAACUAUUCAAUCGAGAAUUAACAGUAAACGAGAAAGAUUUGCAUCUUUUUGGUGCUAAUAUCAAUCCUGAUAACACAUGUGACCGCACAACAUGCGUCUGUCAAAAACACUCACUUGUAGAUGAUAGAGAUUUGUGUACAAGAUUAAAUCAAACACAAAACGAUGAUAAUGUGUAUAAUGAAGAAUAUCCAAAUGAUAAGGAAGAUAAAAUUAAAACAUAUACAGAGGAAAUGUACGAUGACAUCUACUGUGAAAACCCGACGAUUGUAUGGCGUAACUGUCGGAGAAUAUGCGGAGCGUCGAUUAUUUUAACAGGAAAGAGUGAUUUUUUAAUUAAGAAGAUUGAAUCACUUUUGAAAGAUGAAGGAAACAAUGGUGAUAUUGAUUAUUAUUAUGGGUUGGUUAAUAUGGCUGGGCCCAAACCCUAUGGGCAGUUUGUUAUUGUGGAUAAGAUGGUGGAGAGUGGGGGGAGGUACACACAAGGUGUUGUUGAAAAAUUAAAGAAUAUGUUGAACAAGGUGGAAAUCGAUUCUAAUGUUUAUUAUAAUAUUAUUACUUCGGGGGAACCGAUUGUUUUUCGUACUUUUGCUAAUUCUGGAGGGGCGAUGGUGUUGAUUACGUUCGCGUUGACUGUUUUGGUAUUCCUGGGGAUUUAUAUGGUGUUUAUGACACCUGUUAAGGAUUUUGAAAUCAGAAAUUUCCGCUUGAACCCAGCGAAUUUCCGCCCAUUCAUUUUCGCGCGUUUCGACAACGCUGGAGACGCAAGCGAUGCCGAAGACGACGACGCCGCCAUUUUACGACAGAGCCGCGGGCGCGUUGACAUUUCGUUUACACCAACCACAAACUCAAACACCAACACAACCACAACGAUGAGUUUACAAUCAUCGGUAUUAUCAGCAAGCGCGGCAGCUUCCUCGUCCGAAUCCGAUAAUGCCAACGUCGUGCGCGGCGAAGGCGCGUCGUUAGAAAGGCGCGAUUGCGCCUUCGAUAAUCCACUCUACGGACAAAUGGACGACGACCCAACAACCACGACACCAUCCUCAUCCACACAAACUCAAUCUUUGGACGCAGAAAGGAAAGUCAAAACAAAGAAGGGAAAGAAAGGUACGAGUAGAAAGCAUAGUCACGCAUUCGAACAAUUGCUGCGUGACGAAGUGGAUGACGAUGGAGAGAAAGACGAUCAAGAGAUGAGCGAUUUACAUGAACGAAUGCAAGGCACGGAAUAUGAAGAUGAAGAAGAACAGAAAACACAAAAGGAAGGUGAAAUAUUGGAAGAAGAAGUAACUGGAGUAGAUCCACGAGAAGAAAUGUUACGGAUUAUUGAGGAGAAUAUGCAACAAGUUAAUUUACUCGAUGAGCAAUUAUAAUUUAACUUAAAAUUUUGUUUUUAAAAGGUCUCAAAUUAAAGGAAAUGUCAAAAUUUA